CGGCCCUGACACUUUUUCACUUGCAUUUCCUCUGUAGCGUAAAACUAUAUUCUGCACUCUGUUCAUUAUCCUUUAGCACUACUAUGAUGUGCUCAUGUAUGGUAUGAUUUAGCAGAGGAGACAGGCGCAUGGAUAUGCAGGGAAUGGAAUGAUAUGGAUCACGUGCAGGCAGAGGAGAUUAAAUUACCGUCAUCGUGUUUGGCACGGACAUUGUGGGCCGAAGGGCCUGUUCCUGUGCUGUACUGUUAUGUAUUCCACCAAGGGGAGGUGGGAGUGCGUGGUUUUAAUCAGAUCAGCCCACAUGUGAUAGCACGGUGGUCUGGGGCUGAAUGGCCUUGUUCGUACGUUAGUACAUUAAUAAGUGCUACGCUUUGGGCCAUCGUUGAUCUCUCCCCUGGGUCUAACACUUGCUGUUGCCAACUUGUAUUUCUGACAGGCUAUUUGAGCUUCGAUGUUAGCUUGCAGCGCAGGGCAGCUGUGCAGACAUGUUGCAGGCAAGAGGCAACAAAGAUGUCUUGAACUAAAUAUAAAUCUGAUGUAGGGUGUGCAGGAACUUGGAAUCCUCAGCUCCCACUUCUGGGACUGGCCGGUAGAGACUGACAGAGAGGAAUUAGGACCCGCACUCAUUUCCCGGAGAGCGUGGGAGAAACCAGGAGUGUGUAUUGGAAGAGAGUUAGAAGGCAAACGAAAAGGAGAAUUAAUAAGGAGGGGUUUACCAAAGGUCAAAGCAAAGCACUGGAGUAAACGUUGGGAAUGAUGUCGCACGACUCCCUAAUAAGGGAGAGGAAGGAGAAGGCAUCGGCCAUCGCGAGGGAAGCCCAUGGGGGAGCAAUAGUGCAACUUGACCUGGGCAAGAAGGUGAGUGUUCCCCAGGACCUGAUGAUGGAGGAACUCUCCCUCUUCGCCAACAAGGGAUCCAAGAUGUUCCAGAUGAGGCAGAAGAGAGUCGACAAGUUCACGGUGGAAGGGGUAGGAAGAGCGCCAGGAAGGAGUGGCCUCGGUGGCAUGAACGCUGCGGGAUAUCCUGGCCAGGGACACAUGAACGUUGAUGGGAUGAAGGAAAACUACCGGUCGGAGGUCCACAUCGCCCAUCGCGGCAAGCAUCCUGGCCCGGCCGUGGCUCCAAAACCCUUCGGCAGGCUCUCCGCGGCCAAGAACAUCAACGUCGUGCUGAACCCCAGCAUCAUCGCUCCAGGUUACUCCGGUCCGCUGAAGGAAAUCCCACCAGAGAAGUUCAACAUCACGGCCAUCCCAAGGUCAUACCAGUCGCCCUGGACAGAGCAGCUGGGAUACCAGACCCAUGUCAUCGACAUGAUGAUCAACGAGCUUCCAGAAGCCCCUCCGAACCCCAAGCUCCAAACCUACCGGUGUUUCAACAGAGCUGCCAUCCCGUUCGGAGGCUGCGGGAGGCUGUUCUCAGUGCCGGAACUGGAGAACAUGGAGACGCCAGAGGAAACCGUGGCCCCGGACGUCAGCCGCCUUACCAACAGGCCCAGCUUCAACCGCAGAGCCCGCGGCUGGACCGGGCCACCCCUGCCUGAGUCCGCCGACCUCUGA